UUUUCAAUUAGUUUGUUGAAGCGUUGCAUUGUAUGUGCCCAUUGAAGUACAUUUAAAAACUCGUAUUAAUAUUUUUACGACAAUUUGAGAUAAAACAAUUGUUGCGAGAAUAUAUAUCAAACAGCUAAUAAAUAAAGCAAACCAAAUCAUAAUAUGUUGUGAAGUUACGUACACUCUUUCACGCUUGUAUUUAAUUUUCCUCUUGCGAAUGCCGGCAGUAUUGUUUUUUCUUUUAUUUUCUAUAGUCCUAUGUUUUUUUCAUUUUGAAUUUUAGUUUGUUAAGUUUUUUAAAUUUUACUUUAUGUUACUUUUAUUUGUUUGAAAAACAAAUAAAUUUGUUUGUUUUUAUACAGCGUAUUAAAUUAAUUCUUUGUUAGAGAGUUGCAAUUCUAAAAUCAUGUUUUUUCAGAUCGUUAUUAAUUUUUUUGUUUUGUUCUUUUUAAAUAACAUAUUUAAAGCUUCCUGCAAUGCUGAAGUGCUAAAUGCGAAUUCAAAUUCUGAAAUGAAGCAAAAUAAAAUGAAGAUGACUAGAGAGAAUUUAUUCAAAGCUGCAUUUUUAGAAACAAGACUUCAUCAGAGAGAUGCAAUCAAAAGUGUUCUCAAGUUUCAGAAUUAUGAAAAGCAGUACAAAAUAACUAGUAAAGCUCUGGAGAAAAUAUUUGAGGUUGUUCAAGCUGGUAAAGUUACUGUGGAAAACUCAGACUAUAUACCGGGCUCUGUUUUACCUACAAAUGAAACAGUAGCUGCAGCUCUUGGACAGAUAGUAGAUAACACGGCAAUGUUUGGAGAUUUUCAAUUAAAGCUGCCUGAUAUAACUGACCGGAUAAUGAAAAAUCACCCUGAGUGGCUAGUACUCAUCAAAUGGGCUAUUGGAUUUUCCAAUUCAACUGGAAUUUUCGAUCCGAAAACCACCGAGAUGAUCGAUUUGUUGUGCCAAGAAAUGAAUCUUAUUGAAAGAAGAGAGAAUUUCUUUAACCCAUAUCGUAAAUAUGAGCAACAAGUACCUAAACCAAAUGCUAAUAAUUUUCAACCAAAGCCGAAAAAGGUAAAUAUCAAGAAAGGACCACGAAUGUCUAAACCAAGGCAUACAGAAUUGUAAAUUAAUAUGGAAGGGAAGAAUGUGUUUUUUUUAUAAGUGCCAAUUUUGAAGACAUCAAAAGGACAUGUGGAACUAGCAUUAAUGACACUGAGUAUCACAGGUAUCCCUGAAGUUUAGAUCAGAAAACAUACAAUUUUCAUUAUAUCACAAUCAUAUUUAGAAUGUCCACAAAAAGUGGAACAUGCAUUUCUUUCCUUUACUAUUGCAAUUAGAUAUGUACUUCCAAUUGCAGUUUCAGCAAAUAUGGAACCCAAAUGAAUGAAAUUACAGUAGCUUCUGUAGAGGUUAAUAAUGAAAAGUUGUUAAAAUUAAAUUUUUAGCAAAAAAAAAAAAAAAAAAAAAUUUCAAGAAGUAAAAUGUUUUCUUUCUCAUUUAUAAAUACACAGAUUAAUUUUUUUAUUUAAAAAUUUUGCUGCGAUAUUAAAAGGACCGUUUUCCCAUGCCUCAAACUGGUAUGUGGGCUAUCAUUUGUUUUCUUUUUCUUGGAUAAUAUACAUAUCACAAAAGGUAAUAUUCAUUUGAAUAAUGAUGCAUUUAUUACCUUUCAUUAAAUUUUGAAAAAUGAUCAAAUUAUGCGAACAUUACUUGAAAUACCUAAAAAAAUUGUUUAAAAUAAAAAUCUCCGGCACUUUCGCGAAGUUGCAUUUGUCUACUGAUUCUUACAUCAUUUGUAACAUCAAAAUAUGCUUCUUGAAUUCAUCUGCAAAUAUCUGCUACGUCUUCUCGAAAUGUGUUGAACACAGAAGUACAUAAGCAACUCCAUAAAUAACAGUGAACAGGCGUCAGAUUAAGUGAUAUAGGAGGCGAUUCAACAGAUCCUUCCAAGCCAAUCCAUCUACCAAGGAAUUCAGCAUCCGACCAUCAUUUUACGUCUGCCAUAUGGUGAAGAGGAGCACCAUCUAGAUUCGAUUACAUCUGCAGAGGUAGUGGAAACCAAGGCUAUUUGUCACCAAGAGUAAGUCGGCUAAUAUAGCAGUUAAAAGCCACUAAAUGGCAAUAGAAGCGGGAACAGAAUGAAUAGGAAGUAUGACUUCAUACGCUCAGAAAUUUUUAGUCAGUUUCAUAUAGAGACCAGCAGACGCUAGAGGUUAAAUUGUUAUAUUUUGCUUGAAAAGUAAUUAUUUACCUCCCGAUAUUCUUCUAGAGUGUACAAUAUUUUACAAUGGGAUGUAUUGCAUGUUAUAUUUAUUAUUUUGACAUUCAUAAGCGUAUUCAUGAGAAUACAUCUUGUAAUUAAUUUAAUAUUUCUGAAAAAAUGGAAUAAAAAUAGAAAUGGCAUGACGGAGCGAGCAUGUUGGCACCAAACUGGGCGGGCAAGUUGGCACCAGCGUAUGAAGUUGACCUCGUGUUUUGAGUGAUGUCGACGACUAAUAUUUUUUUCAGAGUCAUGGUUAGAAACAGAAAGAAGACGAUGAAUCUACUCUCUGAACGUCAUUUUUGAAGCAAUAAAAGCGAUAAUUCAUUAAGAAAUGUAGUAUUCAAAGGCUGCUAAAAGUUCCGGAUACCUUGCGCUCCCUAAAACGUUACUGCCCAAACGCUUCAAAAGCCAGGAGUGACUAUCAAUUAUCUGUCAGCACGAAAAUUUUUCAGCUGUCAGGAGGAAACAGAUAUCGCAGAAUAUGUAAAACGAGCGUCAGAUGUUUAUUUUGGUCUCAGACCGAAAGAAGUACUCAAAUUUGUUUAUCAGUUAACUCUUUCAUUAAAAUGGAAAGUGUCUGAUUAAUGAAAGGAAAAUUAAUAAGUAAAAGAGGACUGGUUCAGUUUAAUUUUAAAAAGAAACUCUUCCUUAUCCAUUAGAAAAUCGGAAGCAACGAAUCAUAGUCGGGCUACCUCAUUUAAUGAAAUAAACGUUGCUUCAAUUUUUUCAAAUCAAUUUGCAACAAAUAUAGUUUCUGACUUGCGACAUAUGGAAUAUGGAUCAGGUAUAUUCCAUAGCUAAUGCUCUCCCACUGGCUACCACCGAGAGCAAUAUAACAGCCGACUUUGUAAUUACUGAAAUAAGUCUACUGAAUCCAGACAUAUUUCCCGAUUCAGAAUUUCUUCCAAGUUUCGUAAUGGACCAUCUCUAAGCGACAUCUAAUAUAACAGUGAUUCUUCGAGUUUGGAUUGCAUUUGCUCUAAUCUGAUGCCUAUUGAUUCCAACGAAACUUCCGCAGCAGAAUAUGAAAGAAAUGCCAUUCAACUGCUGCAGGUGUGUUAUCUCCAGGUCCUGAAGUUUUGAUAUCAACACUGUUUCACCAUUGGUAGAACUAUGGCCAUUAUCAAAGGCUGGCACAAGACAAGAAAUAAGAAAAGGACGAAGGAAAAGGCAGACUGUUAUUUUGACACAUACCUCCUGAAAGAUGCAUUUCAGGCAAUAAACAAGCCAUUGCGAUAAAAUGAUUAAAAGCAAUGCAAAAACCAAGACAAAAGUCGAACGAGUGACGUCUGUCUGUCCAAAUUACAUUUCUAUGGAAAGAAUAAACUAAUAAUAUUUGAACUAAAUGUUAGUACACUAGCAUGAAUGUAACUUCAAAAAUAAAGUAGCCAAAUUGUCAAUGUCUGUAUCACCUGUAUUCUCAUCCUCCCCAGGGAAGUAAGAAUCUUGCAAUUUACACUGGCUAAAUUAUUCUGUAAAUACAUUUUUUUAAGAUGCUGGAAUCUAUGAAAACGGUGUUGGUAUUCUUCUACAAUUAAGUCAGCAUUGCGAUUACAUAUAAUAUAAAUCAUCAACAUUUGAAAACGUUCUCUUUACUGAAACAUAUUCUUCUUUUGCAAAACUUAGCAUCACACAUACAAUUGCAAAUAAAGAAUUUUUCUUUUCUGUAUUCCAUCUCUUUUCCGAGAUAUUUUAAAUGUUCAUUUUAUGAAGUUUCGUAUAUAACGAGUCUUUAUAUUGGAAUCUGAAUAUAAUGUUUUCGUCUAAAUUUGUGAUCAGCCUCUCUAAAUUUUAAAAUAAGCAUAUAUCUAUACAUUUUGUAUAUAGAAGCGGGAAUCUGUGUCUGUAUAGAUGAAUGUUAGAGUAAUAUUUUAUUGACACUUAAGAAAUGUGUGGGCUGUAUAAAAAUUUAAUUUUCGUGACUUUUUAUUAUAAACCUCUAUAGAAACUAAAGUGUUUUCAUGGAGUUUUCUAUCUUGUUUAAAGAAAUUUUGUAAUUGCAAUAGUUAAGGAACUAAAUGAUUGUUCCACAUAUUUGAGCAUCUUGUAUUUGCGUCUGUGUCUGUGUUGCAUCUGUGUUUCAUUGAGAUCAAACAUCUACAAUCAUGACUGGUCCUCUUUUAUUCAUUCAAUGAUUAUAAAAGAAUUAUGUGAGUACAGCCAUUUUUACAAAUGAGAUACUUUGAAAUUAUAUGUUUGAUUUAUGUAAUGAACUAAAUUUUUCUUAGAACUGAAUUUUCUACUUUGUGUAUUGUCCUUCUCACCUACCAUCGGUUAGGGGUCGGUUAUCCUCCUACCGAUGACGGGACGGGCUUCCUACGGGAGAAAGGUGCACCGUGGCCUGUGAAUGGCCCUUAGGACUGAACCUUAGUUCCCGUUAAAGCUGUGGUGGCGUCUAGUCAUUCAGAUUUUUUUCGGGCGGGUUGAAGUAGCUAUUUGUUGUUACCUAGCAUAACCCCACCACCAGAACACCUUAGAUUUAGAAGUGAGAAGAUUGGUUGUAUGGUAAUUGCUUCUUGCUUUCCUGAAAGGUAAAGUAAUUGCGCGAGAUCGAGUUACCUUCACACCGAUAACAAAAUACACCUCCCUCAGGAGGAAUUGUACCAUGGCUUGUAAUGACCCAUAGAAUUCAAUCAUAAUUCUCACCAGAAUGCUGUUGUGACAAUUGUCAUUCAGACUACUCUGGAUGCUACAGCAGAGAGAGGUAACUUUUUUGCAGUUGUCAACUAUAAAAAAAAUGUACUUAAAUGUCCUUUCUUGUAGUAUCCAUGAUAAAAUAUUUGAAGUAGGAAAGAGGCUAAGUAUCUGCUGACUUUUGCUGAUUAAUAAUUAACCUUUUUCCCCGAAUUCCUUUAAUCAGAAUUAUUUAAUCUAGUGAAUGAUUUAAAAUAAAUUGGCACUUUGGAGGGAAAUAAGAACAGAACAGCCAACAGAUUUACUAAUGAGACAUCAGGAAGAAAAGAAAAGGAAAAAAAAAAAAAUUGUAUAUCUUGUAUUAUCCUUUCUUCCACCAAAGUAGCUGAUUAUGCUAAAUGAUAUCUGGAAAUGAGAUAUUUAUACUUGUGAUAAAUAUUUCUUAUCUGUGUCAUUUCUGGUUGUGCAUUUUUGCUGAAAAAAGAUUUGCUAUGAAAUACUGAAUAGCGUCUUUGUAGCCCUAUUUCACAGUAAGAAGUUAUUUCUCAUCUGGAAAUAAACUUAAUGAUCUUAUUCAGUUACAGCAUUAAUAAUGAGCAGAUAAUUUUAUUCUUCAUUCGUUUCUCAUGGUUGGUAGAGGUCUAUUAUUAAACCUCUUUUGCUACAGCCAUAGUAAUGUCCAGAGGUGACGAAUCCUUGAUUUCAAGAACUUUGUCAACCCACUGUUCAUCUGCAGAGGAUCUAUUUGAGAAAUUUUUAAGCUGAUAUUAUGUGUAGAAUAUUGGAAUUUUUCCUGUAAGAUGAUGUUUGAUUAAAAUAAAUUACUGGAAACUCAUAA